ACCGUUUCCGGUCCUCUUCCUCCCUUGCAUUUUGAUGGCAACAAUUUACUAAGCUUUCUCACCUCAGCGCACCUAUUCACCUGUGCUGUGUUCCCAGGCUAUUUUACUGUGAUAAACAAUGAAGAAAUUUUUCGAGGAUAUGAAGAAAGAUUUAAAAUUCAAGUCAGCUGGGCCAGGAAAGAAACUCACAGAAGACGCCAGCACCAAGUCCCAAGUGGUGCAGAGCAGUGGCCCUGCCAAGCCAUGUUAUGCUGCUCCUACUGAAGGAGCUCAGAAGGCAGGGGCUGCAGCCUUGGCCAGGAUCGAGGGGCAGCCACGCCCACGGGUACAAACCUCACAGGAUGUCAUCCGGCUCCAGGUGAAAAGAGAGCUUGAGGCAGAAGCUGCAGCAGUAGCUGAGAAGGAAAAGACAACUGCUGUUGAGGGCUCCAAUGUUAAGGAUCUGGCAUUUCUCUCAGUAACAGGUGUGUAUUUCACUUGCCCGCUUACUGGAGCCACCUUAACUAAGAGCGAGAGAGAUGUGCACAUUAAAGCGGCCAUUUUCAUGCGGUUUGAAGAGGAUGCAGUGGAGGCUUCCAUUAUGAUGGUUCAUACCUUCAACAAGGACAGGCAGAAAGUCAAGGCUGCAGUGGACAUCAUAAGCAAGUACAUUGAAAACAUCUGUAAGAACCCGGCAGAGGAGAAGUACAGGAAGAUCAAACUCAGCAACAAGGUGUUCCAGGAAAAGGUGAAGACUGUGGAGGGUAGUCGGGAGUUCUUGGAAGCUAUUGGCUUUCAGAGCAUCAUGCUGGAUGUGGAAGGACAAGAGGAGAGUGAGGAGUUCCUGGUGCUGAUGGAGCAUGAUCCAGAAUCCCUGGAGGUGAUGAAAGAGAGUAGGGACCGGCUGCAGAGGGGAGAACCAGUCAGAGCCCAGUUGGACCGCCAGCCCCAGGCCUUCAGACCCUCCCCCAACGCCAUGCGCUUCGAACUUCCCCCAGAGUUCUACAACCUCACUGCAGAAGAGCUUAAGAGGGAGCAGCAGCAAAAGAACGAGGUGGUGGACAAGAACACUAUGCUGCGUACCAAGGCCAUGCGGGAGAGAGAGGAGCAGAGGGAGAGGAGGAAGUACAAUUACACCCUGCUGAGAGUACGACUGCCUGAUGGAAACAUACUGCAGGGCACUUUCCUGGCCUGGGACAAGGUGUCUGUGCUCUUCCAGUUUGUGCGGGACUCCCUGGUAGAUGGCUGGCAGCCCUUUGAGCUGGUGGCGCCUGGAGGACACAAACUCCAGGAGGACCAAGAGGUGGCCCUGAAUGAAUGUAGCCUGGUCCCUGCGGUUCUGCUGACGUUUUCCUGGGAUGCCGCAGUUCAAGCGGACAUUGCAGCUGGCGGUGGAAAGAGCUCUGCACUCCUCAAGCCAGAGCUACUGGAGAAUAUUCAGACCCUUAGCUGAGCACAAGCUGUGUUUGUCCCUGGGUCUCCUACCCCUCCCAGGUUGGAGAUGACACCUUCAUAUCCCCAAACUACAUUUGAGGCUGUAGAAAUGACUACUAAUCCAUUAAAGGACGAGGGGGGGGAGACAAACGCCAUUCAGUGUUAUUUGUAUUGUACCCUGAAUGUAGGAUGAGGACUGAAAUGGCUCCCUUACACCUAUGGUUAGGCAAUCAGUCACCUUAACAUGGUAUGAGACUCCAUUCUGCUCUGCUCCAACAAAUAUUCAGAUAGUUCUAGCUUUACAUGUGAGUGGUGGACCACACUGCUUGUCUAGUGGUUAGGAUUCAUUAGCUGUUUUUUGUGAGCCAGACCAGCUGUGGACUACAAUGUAUAAUAGUUAUUGGUUAAGCCAUUUUAUUUCAGAUGGAGCCUGUAAUAUUAGUAGCACUGUAAGGUUGCAGCAGCAAACACGUCAAAUUAUACCUUCAAAAGUGAAGGUUACUGGACAGAGUUGAUGUUAGAAGCUCCCUUUGUCAUUGAAUAGGAGGGCAAAAGGGUUUUGUCAAAGCAGUUACUACUUGGCUAUAUUCAUUUGAUUUCUCUAAAUUGUCAGCGGCGGUUUGUUUUUGGUUGUUUUGUACUGUAUGUAAUCAACACUUGAGACCAACAAUGAGCUGAGGUUUGUCCCCAAGUCUUGAGCCAGUGCUGCCUGGGAUGACAAUCUACCUCUCCUCACAGCAUCUGUGUACUGCACACAGGCAGCCAUAACCCCUCCAAUGUUUCAGUUCAGACAUGAACAGCAACACUAGUUCUCAUCACAGCAGCGAUUAGCAAAGCUGGUCUCUGAUCUAAAUGUUUUCCUAACCUUGUUUAGGAAUCACCAUAAUGAAGGUAAUGCUCUAAGUAUCAAAGCUGAAUCAUGUUUUAUCUUUAGUCAGUAUAUGCACAUAAUAGCAUGUUAACAUUUAAAUAUUGCUUUAUUUAAAGACAAAGUGAGACCUAAAAACUGGGACAGGAAAGCAUUCUGAAUGUCUCUGCCGUUUGCCUUUCAUUGGCAAAGUUUUUAAUAAUGGCCGGCCAUUACCUGUUCCACCUCUAAACCAUUAUUAAGAACACAAAAAGCACUGUUUAGCAGCCUGAAACAGCACCUGCCAUAUUGAAACCAUACAGGGAUGAGUGGUGGGAUGUUGAUAAAGGUAUCCAGAUAAGGGGAACAAGGCAUAUAAAAGUGCAGUACAUUUAAACAAUUCAACCAGGUCAAGUAUUUUUUUAAACAAAUGCAUAUACACACACUCAUUCCAGAGUUUUUGUUUCAUCAUACUAUGAAAUAACACAUGGAAUCAUGUAACCAAAUGAAAAUAUUUGAUAUUUUAAAGAAGCCACCCUGUGCCUUGACAGCUUUACACAUGCUUGGCAUUCUCUCAACCAGCUUCAUGAGGUAGUCACCUGGAAUGCAUUUCAAUUAACAGGUGUGUGGAACUUCUUUCCUUAAUGUGUUUGAGCCAAUCAGUUGUGUUGUGACAAGGUAGG